CGCUCCUAUUCAAGAUGGAGUUGCUCUGGUUCACACACCCCUCACAGUUCCACUGUAGUGUGAUGAACUCUUGGUUGGUCACUUGUGCAAAUCAUCAGAUAUGUGCUUGCUUCUGUUCACAAAUCCUAAGGAGACACCCACUGAUGGAUACACAGCAUCCACUCAUGCAGUGUCUGAAUCAACCUUCCUGCUCUGGCGGGAGAGACCUUUUGGAUAAAACAACCUCUUAACAGUAGAGAAAAUCCUUGCUAGCUACCAAUAUGUAUCAAUCUAGUCCUUUGUCAAUAAAAAAGAAUGGAUCGCCAUGGAUCAUUUAGACAUUUGAGGCAAAUCAGUAUCAUGAAAGUGGAGAAUCAAGUUUAACCAAAUGAAUGGUGGUGGCAGAAAGGCUAGCUGUCUGCCAAAAAUUAAUGAUCUCCAUUCAUGGCAUAGAGCUUUCCUGGAAUCAAAUGCCCAGCCAGUGGCAGCAUUUCCCAGACACCUUUGCCGCCAGGUAGAGUCAUGUGACUAGCUCUCACUAGAGAGCUCUUAACCACAUUUAAGCAGAUGUGGUAAGAGUAAUUUCUUGGCCAAAGUAAUCAAGAAGCUAGUUUGUCUUUCCGACUUACUUCUUUCCCCAUAGCUUCUGCACUUACUUCUUCUACACAAAUAUCACCUCCUCGGAGACCUUCCCUGAUAUUCCUAAAUAAAAUAGCUCACACUCUGCCCUUGCUGUAUCACUCUUAAUUUAGCCCAUGACCAUGCUUUACUUUUUCUUAAUAGCACUUCUCACCAUGUGAUUUUUGAUUAAAUAUAUCUGUUUAUGUGUUAUAAAAAAUCUGUUUUCCCCACUAGAAUAAAAACUCCAUGAGGGCAGGGUAUUUAAAUUAUUGCAGCUAUAUCCCAGCCUUUAUAGCAGUGCUGUAACCUAUCAAACGUUCAGUACAUAGACAGAAUGAAUGAUUAAAGCUUUGAUGGUGAGGAAAUGCAUGUGCCUCAAGAAGGAGUAUCGUAUCAUUCAGUUUUUAGUUCGGUAUCAAUACUGAGGUUGUCAAGGGGUGCUAGAGGAACUCAAGGACAGUUUUGCAUCCUUCACAUAUAAAUAGACCCAGUGGGGUGAGGCUUUAAAAAAUCUAAGGCUACAAUUUCCAGGUGAGUAUAUUGACAAGAGUUGAGGGAAGGUAUUGAAUUUUUGCUGCGCCCACCCUUGUUCACAGUGGUCUGUGGGCUCUGUCACUUCCAUUACAGUUCUUGGCCAUAAUGAGAAGCUGCAGGGUGCUUAAGUACUCUCUGAGGGAUGCUGUUUUGUUCAGCUUUCAAACCAUAGAAAAGUGUGAAAAUUAGGUCACACCUCAUGAAAUUUAAAUAACAAAACAUUCUACCUAGCUUUAUAAUGCCCUAGUUCUCCAACUGCUGUAUUUCAUUAUGCCUAUAAAUGGGAAUUAUUAUUUUUGGUUUAGUAUCACAACUUGAGGUGAAUUUCUGCCCACCCCUAUCCUUGGCCAUUGUAGGGGAACUGACAUGUUUUAUUAUUUAUUCUUGCUCCUCAGAAUGGAUUGGGAUGAUGAAUAUUCUCAUAAUUCUUUUGACCUACAUUGUUUGUUAAACUCAUUUCCUGGAGACUUGGAGUUUGAGCAGAUCUUCAGUGAUAUUGAUGAAAAGAUUGAACAAAAUGCUGCAAGUGCAGUUGGAUGCCAAGAAAAGCAUAGAACAUUGCAUUAAAGAGAUACAGUCCGAAAUUAACAAACAAUGUCCAGGUGUGCAGCUGCAAACAACAACUGACUGCUUUGAAUGGCUAACUAACUAUAAUUACAGUACAUCCGAGUCAUCUUUCAUUUCCCAUGGAGACUUGAUAAAAUUUCUCAAAACACUGCAAGAUUUGUUGAAGAAUGAACAAAAUCAAGAAGAAAUGAUAUUGGAUUUACUUUGGGACCUCUCCUGCCACAGCAGUGUUUCAUUCCCGUCGACUCUAAGUGGAACAUCUUUCCAUUUCCUCUCUAGGACAUCUCUUCAUUCUGUUGAAGAUAAUUCCUCUAUGGAUGUCAAGUCUAUAUGGGAUGAUAUAAGACUGCAUCUUCGACGCUUCUUAGUGAGCAGAUUACAAAGCCAUAAUGAAAUAAACAAUUCACAGCAAAGAAUUUUAUUGAAAAAGCAGUGCUUACAACAACUCUUGUUUCUUUAUCCAGAAUCAGAAGUUAUAAUCAAAUACCAAAACAUACAGAAUAAACUGUUGGCUAAUCUUCUGCAGAACUGCUUUCCUUCUUACAGCAGAGAUUCAAAUUUAGAUGUAAUAGUUCAUGGAUAUCAAAGUACAAUGCUUAAGUUAUACUUAAUAAUAAAAGAGGAUUUUAACACACUAUGUGAAAUUUUAGCUCCAUCCUCAACGGUGAAAUUCAUUAAAGAAACUUACCUGGAUACCGUUACAGAAGAAAUGGCAAAAUUUCUUGAAAAUUUUUGUGAGCUGCAGUUCAGAGAAAAUGCUGUUCGUGUGGUUAAAACAAGCAAGAGCUCCAGCAAGCAUAGAGGAGCAGUGCAUGCUUUGGUUACUCCUGAAUGCCCACAGAAAGGAAGAAACUUCUCUCUCCCUUUAGACAAAGUCGAAUUCUUAUCGCAGCUCAUAAAAUCCUUUAUGAAACUGGAAAAAGGUGUUCAAGAAUUGUUUGAAGAAAUACUUUUAUCACUCAAGAUAACCAGAAAUACUUCAGGAAUGUUGGAGAAAUCCAAUAGAGAACUUGUAAUAGAAAAACCUAGAGCAGACGAAACCAAUAUUCCUUCAGAGCAAUUGCUACCAGGAAAAGAGGCUACCUUACUAGAUUUUGGCUGGAGAAGUGCAUUUAAAGAAGUGUCUCUUCCCAUGGCGCACUGCAUAGUAACUGAAAUUGAAGGUUUUUCCACAAAAAUUCUCCAACAGGAACAGAAUGAAAGGUCUUCAGCUGUGAGCUAUGCUAUGAACCUUGUAAAUGUCCAGCAAGUUUGGCAAGACAGCCAUAUGUUUCCUGAGGAGGAACAACCAAAGAAAAUUGGAAAAUUUUGUUCUGACAUCAUGGAAAAACUUGACACCGUGCUUCCACUGGCUCUGGCAUGCAGAGAUGAUUCUUUUCCGGAAAUUAGAGCAAACUUGGUGGAGGCCUGUUGUAAAGUGGCAACAGCUGUCCUGCAGAGACUGCAAGAGAGAGCCAAGGAGGUUCCUUCCAAAGCACCCCUGAAAAACCUGCACACGUACCUCUCCACGGCAGUGUAUGUCUUCCAGCAUUUCAAGCGAUAUGAUAAUUUGAUGAAGGAAAUUACUAAAAAACCCAUAUUCCUGGUGCCUGUCCAACGAUAUCAGGAAUUCAUCAACACUCUACAGUUUCAAGUUACGAACUACUGCGUCAGAGUUUGUGCUACAAGCAUUUUACAGGAUGCUGAGAGCCACCACUGGGAUGACUACAAAGCUUUUUAUGAGGGGGAAAGAUGUUCCUUCUCGAUCCAGAUGUGGCAUUAUUUCUGCUGGGCUCUUCGUUACGAUCUCUGGACCAUUCUGCCUCCUAAGUUAGCCCAGGAGAUUCUAGCAGAAGUGCUGGAGAAAUCUUUGGGUCUACUGGCCUCCAGAUACACUCGGGCCCACCCCAGCCGCAAAAGAACUCCACAGUUAAGACUUGAUGUCACAACCAUUCUGAUAUGCACUGAGAACAUGUUAUGGUCAGUUUGUACAUCUGUACAGAAACUUUUGAAUCCUCAUCAGCAUACAGAUGAUAAAAUUUUUAAAAUCCAUACCCAUUGCAAUAAUCUGUUUACAACAUUAGUCAUUUUGACUUCACCAUUAACAGAAUUGUAUAAGUAAGUAUCAAAUGUAUUUUCCUUUUAGCUAUUAUGAUAUAUAAUAAUGUGAUUAACAAGUUAUUUCCAUAACACUUAUUGAAUUAUGUGAAGUUACAAGUAGAAAUCUUUUGAAGUGCAUUUUUGAUACUGUGAACUGGGCCAUUUUAUAAAACUAACACCAACCAAUAGAGUUUCAUAAUUCUCAAUACAAUUCGGUGCCCAAAAAUGUGUUAUGUCUCUAUUGGUCAACCCCAUUCAGCUGAUAAAGCUCUAAUAUAAUCAGGAACAUUUUCAGCUUCACUAUUUGGGUUGUUUAAAUGAUCAAAUUAUAUUGAUGGCCUGAUUAUCACAGUGAUUUUUUGAUACUUUAUGAAAAAGAAAACUAUAUUUGAGAUAUACUUCAGCUAGCAAUGGCAAAUGGAAAUAGAAAUAAUAAUUACAUUUUUUAAAUGUGGAAAUAUUUUACUUAGCUCAACAAAUAAGAUUUAGAAAAAUCUAGAAAUGUGGAAUUAUUUUGAUUUCUGGUUAAUGCAAUUCAAAUCUGUAAUGUUAUAGAGGAGGUUAGAAUAUGUCUUAUCAUAAAACAUUAAUACCAUUUUGUUUAUAUCCUCCUCCCAAAUUGUCACUUUUAUUUUUUAACCAAAUAAUUAUAUCUUCAUGGGUAGUAAAAAUUUCACAUGUCUAUUUCUAAGGAUAAAUCAGGUCAAGUGUUUCUUUGCAUAACAUUCUGGUAAAAGCGAUAUACAAAUCUUAAUUUUUAAUAAAUUUUGACACAUUUGUAUUAGAUAUUCUAAAAGAAUUAACAGCUUUUAUUUCGGCUUCGCCUACUCUGACUUUCAGUAAACCCAUUGUUUCCAGAGUGUUCCUUCUAGCAACACACGUUGAGAACUACUUUUAGAAAUGGAGAAUUCUUUCAGAAAGGGGAAGAAACAGUGAGAUAAAUCACCAUACGGUUGAUAUUAUGUACAUAAUGGUUCAUAAUCAUAAAAAGCUCAAGUCUGAAGCCCAUAAUAAAUCCUAGGAAACUAAACUGAUUUACCAUAGAUGAAAAAAUUGCUAUGCUCUCAGUUCAAUGGGUCAUUUCAUCUAAGAGGAAGGCCCUGUGAAAAUUGGGAACAAAGUUGACAAAUUUCAUGGAUUGGUCAUGGUGAGCAAUAUUGAAUUUCAUGCUUUGUCACAGAUGAAUUGAUAAAUUUUAGCCCCCCAAUGCAUUUGUAAAACAAAUAAAUUAUUACCAAAGAUUGCAUAUUUUAAUAAUAAUGUAACAUACAUUCAUUAUUGUUAACCUAUGGCUUUUUGAUACAUUUUUAACAACUAUGCAAGUACUCAAAUCUCUAUGAUUUGUGCAUUAGAUAUUGCACUGUAACCUCAUUCAGCACAUUUAAAUUGCUAAUUUCAACCAGGAUUACAGAACAUUUUACGCUAAGCACUGCCUCUGGUUUUUCUUAAUAUAAAACAUAGAUAGCUAUAUUGCUUUGAAGCAUGAACAAAAAUCUAGAUAUACUUUAAUUCUUUUAAAAUAUUUCUCAGUUCAAAAAAUUUCAAAAGUUUUAUCCAUUUAUGUUUACUUAAAUGUCAUGAUUGUUUUCCUAGACUAUACAUCUAAUCUUUGAAAUAUACUUUGUUUUGUAUUGACAAAUGAAAUCUACAGGGCAGCAUGUUCUUUGCCAAUUAGGGAAAAAUAUAUUUGUGUGUUGCAAGAACUCUAUUGACUUAGUGGGUUUUUUACACAUCCAAGAUAUGAAUCCAUCAUACUAUUAGCAUAUUAGAAAAAAUUGUGAAUCUCACAUUAAAAAAUUAAACCACAUUCAUUGAGGAAUUGGUGAAAAGUAGCAAUCAGAUGUUAAUAGUAUUGAAUUUUUAUAAACGGUACCUGACAUUUGUCACUCUACGUGAUAUGCCCUUUUAGAAGGUGACUGCCUUUAUUUCAAGUAGUUCUGACAGAUGAACUGAAUGUGUUUUCCUUUCUGAACUUAGCGUAGGACCACGAAAUCCCUGGACAGGAAUACAUGUUUUUAAAGUCUUUUCAGGAAGAAGGAAACCUGUUUGCAAAAAUAUGUGUUCUUUUUUAACUUGCCUUUAUAGAUUUCUGUUAGAGUGUUGUAAAAGAGUACUUCAGCUUUGUUCUCCAGGGAAAGGAACAUGCUGAAACAGAAAAUAUUCACCAUGUAUUUUCCAAAGUGCUUAUCACUUAUAUUUCUUUCAUAAAGGCAGUUAAACUGCAGGUUCCAAAGCAUAUUCACAUACAUGUUCAUACACAUCCCCACCCAGUGAUUUCACAUGUUGCAUUUUGGAUGCGUAGACUUUAGUUUUAGUUCAUGUGUAGCAGGUUAAAAAUUAAUUACUAGAAUUUUUGGGUAAAUGCAAUUCAGCUUGAAUUCAACAAAUGUUGUUGCCUCUCUAGCCCCUAUGAUUAAAGAUGAGGGAUGCAACAAUGAGCCAGAUGUAAUAUCUGCCACAAGUAAUUUAAGAAAAGAUGAUGAUAUUUUUUAUUUUAAAUUAAAAUAAUAUUGUCCUCCCUAAAUCUGUAAUAAAAGGUAGAAUUAGAUAAUGAAUUUCAUAUGUAUAUCUAAUAUCUAUAUCUGUAUUUAUCCAAAUGUUUUGAUGUGUUAUAUCAAAACUCCUAAUGGUAGAAACUUUUUGAAAGCUGGCUAUUUCAACAUUUAAUAAGAUGGAAGUGUGGGAUUUCAAUACAACUGCCAACAAGUCAUGCAAAAGAUAGGGUCAUCAGAAAUAUACCCGAAGGUAGAUCACUAAGCCAAGGAAUAGCAGCCUCAUCUUGGGGUCCAUUCGUUGUCACUCAUAAGGCUUUUUUAGUCACCAAAUUCCGAUGCUCUGUCUAUAGUUCUGUUUCAAACUAAUGUUAGGGCUUUCGAGGUUAUGGCCCUACCCUUUGUUUAAAAAGAAACUAUUUCACUGUCUCUCAGAAAAUAAAUAGGCCUUUGCUUUUCCUACCUCAGGAAUGACUGGCACACCUUGGAAAAUAGGCAGGUCCUCAAGUUAAGCGUAGAAUAUGCUUAUGUGAAAUGUUGAGCAUAUGGUCAUAUGGCCCAACAAUGAAAGUAUUAUGUCCACACAAAAAUUUGUGUAGGAGUGUUCAAAAUGUUAAGUCCGUACAAAAAUUUAUGUAGCAGAAUUCUUCAAAAUAACACAAUGAGAAAGCAGCCAAAUGUCCAUCAACUAGUGAAUGGAUACAUAAAAUGUGGCAUAUCCAUACAGUGGAAUAUUAUUCCGCAAUAAAGAGGAAUAAAGUGCUAAUAUGUGCUGCCACAGGGAUGAACCUCAAAAACAUGCUAAGUGAAAAAAGCCAGACACAAGAGCCCACAUAUUGUUUGAUUCUAUUUAUUAGAAAUGUCCAGAAUAGGCUUAUCCGUAGAGACAGAGAGUAGAUUAGUGGUUACCAGAAGGUCAGGAGAGGAGGGAAUGGGGAGUAACUGCUAAUGGAUACAGAGUUUCAUUUGGGAAUAAAAUAUUCUAAAAUUAGGUACUGAUGAAGGUUAUGCAGCUGCAUAGUAUAACCAUCUAUAUAGUAUAUAUAUAGUAUAAACCAUCUAAUUAUAUACUUUAAAUGGGUAAAUCUUGUGAUAUAUGAAUUAUACAUCUCAAUAAAGUUGCGAAAAUGAAUAUAGACUGAAUGGAAGUUUAAACAUACUUAAAAUGAUUUUGUUUUUUUUAAAAUGGUAUCUGGCAGAAUGCAAAAUUUUCCAGAAAGUGAAGUUUCUUGUCUUAGUCAUUUUGUUUAGGUUCAAUGACUCCCUUUAUCCACCUUCCUGUAAACAUUAUUUUAAAAGGGAAAUCUCAUUUUAAAAAAAAACACAAAAUUAAACAGCUUUAUGUGUCAUCCUAAUAAGGUUAAAAUACCCCAAAAGAGCCAGUCAUUAAAUUUAGAGAGGGCUGCUCCCAGAAUAUUCGACUGGCUGACUCCUGGUGUACCCCGAGGUCCAGUCUUUCUCUCUCUCCACCUCCUGUCCUCAACCUGCCCGUUGGCUGUCUACCACCCACAAUUGCUCUUCACAGAUGGCCCUUAAAACUCAUCCUCCUUUUAACUAAGCAAGGUCUGGUAAUACCUUUUAUUCAUUCUUUCUUUCUUUUGCCACGUAUUUACUAUGUAUCUACUAUGGGCCAGUUAUUCUCUAACCUCCAGUUAUCGUUUGCUAACCUCAAAGAGUUAUUUUCAUCAUGAGACAUUCAAGGCACUUAAAUGUCACCUAAUGACAUUUAGGCAACAACUUAUAGUCUCAGGUAUAAUGCCGGUUUUUGAAAGCGAAGCAGCGACUUAGAAUUCUGUUUAAAAUCUUGAAUUCAGUAUUCAUAGGUAGUUGUCUGUGAUUCUAGGGCCAUCAGAAAAGUUCACAUGUCCUCAGUUAGCUCGAGCUUUCCAGGGCUAUCUUAGUUACUCAGUUUCACAUUAAUUCUGCCUUGUCUAAGGUUGUGGUCUUCUUUUGGUAUGAUUUAUUGCACGCCUCCAGUGGUCCAGGCACCAUGGCAGGCACAGAUGACUCAAGAAAUCUAACCUGACCCUCCACUCUCAUAGAGCUUACAUCCUUGGGCUACCUUAAUUCAGUCAUGGAGGUUUAUUCCAUUAACAUCAUAUUAUGAGACCUGUUUCUCCUGCGGGGGCAGCCAAAACAACAUGACACAAGAGAAGCAUAAAACCUAGCUAACUCUUUUUAGCUCAUCAGUUCUUUUCACUUUUGAGGUGCAUUGGUUUUUAUCUCCUUUCAGCAUCUGGCUAAAUAAGCCCAAAGACCUGAUCAAUUUUGUUAAAGAAAAAAGGAAUACUGGCAACAUAGGUGUAGAUCAGAGAACCCAGAGAGAGUGAAUCUAGGACAGAGUGCUGGUGUGGUCAGCAAAGAGGCAGUAAAAUGCUAAGGCAAGGAAGGGGCAUGGCUAGUUGGGGUGGGAGGAAGGGCAAAGGCAAGGAAUUUUCCCCAAAUCACUCUUUUCCCCUUAAGUAAAGUCAUCUUUACAGUGUGUCAUUUGGGAAUGUGAAGAAAUGUACCUGCUUCAAACUUAUGACAUUUAUUUUUAAGAAAGUAUUUAAAUUUGCUGUAUCAAAAUUCUCUUACGUCUUGUGAAAAAUAUAAUUCUAUGGCUCAUACAAUUGUAUUUUACUCUCCACUAUGAAUUAUUUAGAGCAUCCUCUCUUUUAACUGUAUACCAAAACAUCAUUAGAGGUUAUCUAAUAGCUAGCUCAUAAUUUCAUUCUCCCAUUGAGGCUUGUGGGCCAAUUUUCACCCUGUUAUACUCUCUAGAAUAAUGAAACUAAUUUGGGAUCUUGCUGUGGAAUUAAAUGCUCAUACAGAUCUCACUCCCUUUGAGACCAUAAACAUCUGCCAUAAUAUCUCUUAUAGCCAAAUAACCUUACUAUAACCAGUAUGACUGAGAAACUGUCAGUGGAGUAAAAGAGUUUAGGUACUGGCAGAAACGCUCAGAUAAAUACCAUAUUGCCAAUGGUUUGUCAUCUAAGAAAUUUAUGUACUAAAUAACCAUGCCAUUAUUUUUAGAUCCUCCUUUAUUUUGUCUAGUUGUGAGAAUAAAACUGCAGCUAGGCAACCACUUAGACUAUCAGAAAUUUCAUGUCAGUUUUGAAAUGGCCAUAGACUUUUUUAAGGACUAUUUCUACCUAUUGUUAUCUUAUAUGAUAUCUUACUUAUAUUGAGCACUUAUUGUGUACAAGGCACUUCCCUAAAUGCUUUAAAUACAUUAUUCUACUUAAUGUUCACACUGACUCUGAGGUGAUUUACUAUUUUAAUCCCAAUUUUACAAAUGAGAAAACUAAGGCUAAAUAUACUGCCACCAGCAUUGCCUGUUAAUAAAAGCAUAUUCAGGAUAUAAGCCCAGGCUCUCUGGCUCCGGUUCCUGCAUGUGCCCAUACACCACCUCUAUAUAACCUUCGAUGACCUUACCCUUAGGGUAUGGAGCAGAUAAAAAAGUAAAUGCAAAGGGAUUAGAGGUAGAGUUAAAUCCUAUAAAGAAACAAACCAAAAUUAGAGUAUAGAGAGGGGAUAAGGUUUUGAAAGGGGAUAUAUUUUAGAAAGGGUAGUCAGAGAAGACUUAGUAGAGAAGCUUCAGACGUAGAGCAAUCUAUGGAGCUACCUGAACAUGACAGAGAAGUCAUCUAGAUAAGGUAUUCAUUCUUAGAGAAAUAAGGUAACCCUCAGGCAACUAGACAAAUAGGGAUUUUAUGCAAAGAGAUCAAGGAAGUGUGAGGGAAAGUAGGCAUAGGCUAUGAAAAAGGCUACAAAGAUAUGUAGUGUCUUUGUCCACAUUCUCCAGUCCCUCCUGCUCUCUCCUCAAGACUUCCAUGUCUUGUCCCAUCCUUUUCUCUGAGUCUUUCUCUUCCUUUGAGACUGCCUUUCUCUCCAGGCCACUUGCUGCAUCUCCUGUCACAUUGUACCAGCACCCUCCUUUUCCUAGCUCUCUUGCAGUGGCGUGGUCCUCCUUAUACCCUCACUUUCUUGGGCUCUAUCCAGACUCUGGUACACUUUUAGAGAAUAUCACCCACCUCUCCUUUUAUACCUUUUGGCAAUUCCACUCUUUGCCAAAUCUUGGGUAACUCCUUUUUUCAUCCUUCCCCACUUGGGUCAAGCCCCUGAUCCUUGCCCCAUGUGUUUGUUAGCAGAUAGCCUUGUUCCUGUGCUUCUCUAAGAAAAUCCACACUAUCAUGAAUGCACUUUAACUUCUCAUUUCUGUUCUUAAUAAUUAUUCUCCCCACUCACCUCUACAUCCUUUGAUUACUCUCUGAUCAAUAUGUCUAUUUUCCCAAUUGGAGUAAAUCUUUUUACCUGACCUCUUAAUUGCAUUUACCUCCUACUCAUGGCCUUUUAAAUAUUCUUUCUAUCUUGUCUUGUGGCUCCUUCCCCCAAACAUGUCCUAUAUUUAAAAAUGUUCCUCUAUUACUACUAUGUUUCCCUUCCAAAACAGUUUUCAUUCAUUGUCUACUUUUAUACCUACCACUCACUCAGUGCACUGCAAUUGGACUUCUACCCUCAGCAUGCUAAGCUAGCAACAUGGGCAGGGUCCUCCAUACACUCCCAAUUGCUAACUCCAGUGGAUUUGGUCAUUUUCUCUUCUCUUGGCUUCUCUAACACCACUUUCUCCCGUGUCUUGGCCUACUUCUCUGAUUAUUCCUUCUUGGUUUUGGUUGAAUGUUUCUUUUUCUGGCCUUGCCCUUUAAGUGUGGGUAUGUUCCAGAGUUUUAUCUUUGACCAUCUUUACAUCUUACAUUCCUUUUUUUUUUUUUUUUUUUUUUUGGUGGGGGAUGGGGUGAGGGGGUGUGAAUUCAUCCAUUACUAUGGCUAUACCAUUAUGUUGAUGACUUCCACAUUGGUGUCUUCAAACCAGACAGCUCUUGUAUGUGCUGUAUCAGUAAAUCUAAAUUACUAUUCGAUGCCUUGGAUGUACUUCAGAUGUCUGUAGCCCCCUUAACAUAUCUAAAACUAAGUAAAAUACUUGAAAUGUAUCCUAGGCUUCUUCGUUUUCCUUAAUUUUCUCCUUCUAUCUUCCCACUCACACCAUCACCAACUCCAUGUCAUUAGGAGAUGAAUAUUGUUUGUUCUAUGAAUUUAACAAGUUUUAUAUUUGUCUCCUACUUACUAUCUCCUGUCUUUUACCUUGGUUCAGUGUCUUAUCCUCUGUGACCUGUCUACUACAAUAUCGCCUUCAUUAUCUCCCUCCCUCCUGCCUGACUCUUUCCGCUCCCCUCACUACUGCUAAAGUGAUUUUUCUAGGAUGUAAAACUGCUAGUGUUAAUCCCACGCCAUAAACUCUUCAAUGAUUCUUUAUUGCCAGUACUAAGUCCAAACUCCUUAGAAAAACAUAUCCUGGUACCUGGUCUGGCUUCUGCCUACUUCUCUAGCUCACAUAGUGGAAUACAUGGGAUGGAAAUAUUACAGCCUGACUUUGAAGCUUAUUUAAAGAAUUUCUGUUUUGAUCUGAGAUUUACUGAGAAAAAAAAGCCUUUUAAAGAAGAGAUGAUAUAUUAAAGUCUAAAAAACAUCCAAGUCUAUUUAAUUAGAAGAUGUUCUAUUUAGCAAGAUAAUCACGGGGAAAGAGGGGUCAAAUUUGAAAAAAACAUGAAGAUACAAGAAGCAAGAUAUGGAGUGAAAAGAUAAAGGUGGAUUUUCAAAAUGGAAUUCUGUUCUGGAUAUCAAAAGACACUUUUGCUCCUGUACUGUAUAUAAACAGAGGUGGUACCACCUCAAAAAUUCCAUUUCUAGAGCAUUCUCAGUCAUUACUCUUAACUCUGUGUAGGAAAAUAUAAUCUCCUGUUGUUAUACAUUUUUUACUAGCCAAGUUAUCUGCUAAAGAUUUUAUGUAACAAAUUCUUUUCUAUUGUGUCAAGAUUUAGAGUUGAGUUUGAGCCAGCCUAGAAAAAUGUUGCAGUAACUGUUGAUAGUUGUACAUCAGAUAUUCAGGUUGCAUUGUUUUAAUUUUGAAAUUAUAAUUAUGUAUUUUACAAUUAAAUUCUUCUUUAUAAACCCUCUCUAGUAAUUGCAAAAUGAGGACGUGGGUGAGGAGUACCAAGGAGAAGCAGCAGAAAUGAGAGGAGGGGCUACCCAGAGCAGUCUUUUUUAGGUGCUAACUAUGUUAUGUAUGUCUGGGUUCAAGGCAGAGGUGAGUCAGGAAGCUGAUGCUGGCUAUAUUCAUGAGCCAAAGGCAGGGAAUGUAACCCCUCAAUGAGUUCACUUUACCCACUGCCUAGAUAGAGCUGAUUUAUCAAGACAGGGGAAUUGCAAUAGAGAAAGAGUAAUUCACGCAGAGCCAGCUGUGUGGGAGACUAGAGUUUUAUUAUUACUCAAAUCCGUCUCCCCAAGAAUUUGGUGGUUGGAAUUUUUAAGGAUAAUUUGGUAGGUAGAGGGCCAGUGAGUUGGGAGUGCUAAUUGGUCAGGUCAGAGAUGAAAUCAUGGGGAGUUGAAGCUGUCCUUUUGUGCUAAGACAGUUGCUGGGUGGGGGCUACAAGACAUAUGAGCCAGUUUAUCAAUCUGGGUGGUGCCAGCUGAUUUAUUGAACGUGGAGUCUGCAAAAUAUCUCAAGCACUGACCUUAGG